AUGGUCCUCUGGCAGAGCCUGUCGCCCAACACUGGAGGCUUCUUGCCGGGCUCAAACAUCCUUAUGAUGACGCUCACGGACGUGAUGUCGGCCUCCAUGGAGUCCCUGCCUGACGAGGUCAUCCUGAGGACCCUGGUCCAGCGCCUGCAGCAGAUCUACCCCCAGGCCAACACCACGUCGCCCUACAGGCUCAUCGGCUACGUCAUCCCCCGCUGGUACACCAACGAGCUGUUUGGCGGCAGCUACACCAACUGGCCGGCCGGCAUGUCGCGGGAGGAAUACGAGCUGUGGCGCGCCCCUGUGGGCAGCUUUGGGCCCCUGCUGAUCCCGGGCAAGAUCCUGUUUUCUGGCGAGGCGGCCUGCAGGCGCAUCAACGGCUACAUGCCGAGUGGCUACGCCGCCGGGGAGAGGAGCGCCAAGCAGGUCCUGCUGGCCAUGGGCAGGUUUGGCUUUGGCGACCCUGAUCAGAGCCUCUGCGAGCGCCAGCUCACGGUUAAUGGCAAGCCGCUGGGGACCAAGGGCCGCGGCGUCGGUCGCGGCCGCAGGUCGCGCCCCUAG